AUACCAAGUCCAAAGUGGGAGAUUUAGUUUUUAAAAAAGAGGAUUACGUAAUGGGCUUAUGAGAAACACCUAGCUUAUAAUGUUAGAACUAUAAUUUUAAGUUUUCUAAAGGUUUCAGAAUAUCCUAAAUGGCAAAAAUAGAGUGUUUUUUGGAUGGACUUGAUAAACUUAAUUGUAGUGGCAAUAUUUAUGUACAAGAAGAGCCCCCUCUGUCAUACAAAGAUGAAAAAUUUUGGAUUUACAUAGGAGUGUAUGUUGCUCUUGUUCUUGUAGCAGGGCUGAUGUCAGGACUGACUAUGGGUCUCCUUUCUAUGGAUAUUACAAGUUUACGAGUUCUGGAGAGAGAAGGUAAACCCCAGGAGAAGAAAAAUGCUCACACAAUCAUUCCACUUGUUGAAAAACACCAUCUUCUAUUGGUCACCUUGAUUUUUGGGAAUGCUGCAGCAGUUGAAGCUAUGCCCUUGUUUCUGGAUAGAGUUUCCAAUCCAAUCACUGCUGUUGUUGUUUCAGUUACAGCUGUGCUUUUAGUUGGAGAGGUUAUACCCCAAGCACUUUGUACAAGAUUCGGUUUAGCCAUAGGAGCAACACUUUCACCGUAUGUAUAUGCCAGUCUUAUCAGUCCUUUAAAAUACUAUUGUGUUCACUUUUUGUCUGUUUCAGCACACGCAAGUUACAAAAUAUAA